CCGGCGCGUCGCGGACAGCUGACGUCUCCAGCCCGGCGUAGCGUCAGGGUUGGCCGGCGGCGGAGGUGGAGGCGGAGGCGAUGGCAGUGGACCCCGAGCGGGCUUGAGGGCUCUGACCCAGCUCCGUCCCGGGCCUUCUCGUGGUGACCCGGCGCCUCGGCCUCGACUAGCUCAGCUCCUGCUCCCUCCCUGGCCGCUGCCUGGGCGGAGGCGGAGGCCCGGGCUGGCCGCCCUGCUGAGCCCCGGCUCGGCCCCGGACGGCCCGCUGCUGUGCGGAGAGGAGGCCGAGUCGAAGGGUGUCGCCUCUCCAUCUCCCAAAAUAUUUGAGUUCACUUUUUUUGAGAGGGUAGUGAAAAAAGAAUACUGAAGAAUAGGAUCUCAAGAUGAGUAAAAAGCCCCCAAAUCGUCCUGGAAUCACUUUUGAGAUUGGUGCUCGUUUGGAGGCACUGGACUACUUACAAAAAUGGUAUCCGUCACGAAUUGAAAAAAUCGACUAUGAAGAGGGGAAGAUGUUAGUCCAUUUUGAGCGCUGGAGUCAUCGUUAUGAUGAAUGGAUUUACUGGGAUAGCAAUAGACUGCGACCCCUUGAGAGGCCUGCACUAAGAAAAGAAGGGCUAAAAGAAGAGGAAGAUUUCUUUGAUUUUAAAGCUGGAGAAGAAGUCCUGGCUCGUUGGACAGACUGUCGCUAUUAUCCUGCCAAGAUUGAAGCAAUUAACAAAGAAGGGACAUUCACAGUUCAGUUUUAUGAUGGAGUAAUUCGUUGUUUAAAAAGAAUGCACAUUAAAGCCAUGCCUGAGGAUGCUAAGGGGCAGGUGAAAUCCCAGCAUCCACUAAGCUGGUGUUGUCCUAUCGACCCAGCUGGAUCGUGUAACCAGUCUAUGGGAAGUGAGGAUUGGAUAGCUUUAGUCAAAGCAGCUGCUGCAGCUGCAGCCAAGAAUAAAACAGGGAGUAAACCGCGAACCAGUGCUAACAGCAAUAAAGAUAAAGAGAAAGAGGAGAGAAAAUGGUUUAAAGUACCUUCAAAGAAGGAAGAAACCUCAACUCGUAUAGCCACACCAGAAGUUGAAAAGAAGGAAGAUCUUCCAACAUCCAGUGAAACAUUUGGACUUCAUGUAGAGAACGUUCCAAAGAUGGUCUUUCCACAGUCAGAGAGCACAUUAUCAAACAAGAGGAAAAAUAAUCAAGGCAACUCAUUUCAGGCAAAGAGAGCUCGACUUAACAAGAUUACUGGUUUGUUGGCAUCCAAAGCUGUUGGGGUGGAUGGUGCUGAACACAAAGAAGACUACAAUGAAACAGCUCCAAUGCUGGAGCAGGCGAUUGCACCUAAACCUCAAAGUCAGAAAAAAAAUGAAGCUGACAUUAGCAGUUCUGCCAACACUCAGAAACCUGCACUGUUAUCCUCAACUUUGUCUUCAGGGAAGGCUCGCAGCAAGAAAUGCAAACAUGAAUCUGGAGAUUCUUCUGGGUGUAUAAAACCCCCUAAAUCACCACUUUCCCCAGAAUUAAUACAAGUCGAGGAUUUGACGCUUGUAUCUCAGCUUUCUUCUUCAGUGAUAAAUAAAACUAGUCCUCCACAGCCUGUGAAUCCCCCUAGACCUUGCAAGCAUAGUGAGCGGAGAAGAAGGUCUCAGCGGUUAGCCACCCUACCCAUGCCUGAUGAUUCUGUAGAAAAGGUUUCUUCUCCCUCUUCAGCCACUGAUGGGAAAGUAUUCUCCAUCAGUUCUCAGAAUCAGCAAGAGUCUUCUGUACCAGAGGUGCCUGAUGAGCAUUUGCCACUGGAGAAACUGGGAUCCUGUCUCCCUCUCGACUUAAGUCGUGGUUCAGAAGUUGCAACAUCACUAGCCCCAGAUUCCACUUACCAUAAUGAAUGUUCCAAGACAGAAAAGGAAGAUACACAAAUGCUUACUCAUCCUUCCAAAGCAGGCCCUGAUGGGAGAGGAGCUCUUGCAGCAGCAGGAAUUUCGAAAACAGAAAAAAAAGUGAAAUUGGAAGAAAAAAGCUCAACUGCCUUUGGUAGGAGAAAAGAAAAGGAUAAGGAAAGGAAAGAGAAAAGAGAUAAAGAUCACUAUAAACCAAAACAGAAGAAGAAGAAGAAAAAGAAAAAGAAAUCUAAGCAACACGACUAUUCAGACUAUGAAGACAAUUCCUUAGAAUUUUUGGAAAGGUGCUGUUCUCCGCUGACUCGAUCUUCUGGGAGUUCUCUGGCUCCAAGGAGCAUGUUUACAGAGAAAACUACAGCCUAUCAGUACCCACGGGCUAUUCUGUCUGUUGAUCUUAGUGGAGAAAACUUAUCAGAUAUGGAAUUCUUAGAUGAUUCUUCAACAGAGAGUUUGCUUUUGAGUGGGGAUGAAUACAAUCAAGACUUUGAUUCAACUAAUUUUGAGGAAUCUCAGGAUGAAGACGAUGCUCUUAAUGAGAUUGUGCGAUGCAUUUGUGAGAUGGAUGAGGAGAACGGCUUCAUGAUUCAGUGUGAAGAGUGCCUGUGCUGGCAGCAUAGUGUGUGCAUGGGGCUCCUGGAGGAGAGCAUCCCGGAGCAGUACAUCUGCUACAUCUGCCGAGACCCUCCGGGUCAGAGGUGGAGUGCAAAAUAUCGUUACGAUAAGGAGUGGUUGAAUAAUGGGAGAAUGUGUGGGUUGUCGUUUUUAAAAGAAAACUAUUCCCAUCUCAAUGCCAAAAAAAUAGUGUCCACACAUCAUCUGCUUGCUGACGUCUAUGGUGUGACAGAAGUGCUACAUGGCUUACAGCUCAAAAUCGGAAUCCUGAAAAAUAAGCACCAUCCUGACCUUCAUCUCUGGGCUUAUUCUGGGAAGCGAAAAGACCAAGAUCAAGUAAUAGUUGGAGCAGAAAAAAAAAUAAGUCAAGACACAGUUAAUAUAGAAGAAAAAAGAUAUGUACAGAACCAUAAGGAACCUCUUCGUUUGCCCCUAAAAAUGGAAGGAACUUAUAUAACAAGUGAGCACAGCUAUCAAAAGCCACCAAAUUUUGGUCAGGAAUGUAGAUCUCUUGCAGACCCUGGGAGCUCAGAUGAUGAUGAUAUGAGCAGUUUUGAGGAAGAACAAGAAUUCUCCACAAGAGAAAAAAACUGUUUCCAAUACUCAAAAGAACAUGGAAUUCCAGACAAGAAUCCAGCUGCUGGGAAUAAGACAGUUAUUCAUAAUGAGAAAAAGGGCACUGAAGACCCAGGAGAUGCACAUCUUCAGUGGCAGCUCAAUCUCCUCACCCACAUUGAAAACGUGCAGAAUGAAGUCACCAGCAGGAUGGAUCUCAUAGAAAAAGAAGUUGAUGUUCUGGAAAGCUGGCUUGAUUUCACAGGGGAGUUAGAGCCGCCAGAUCCUCUUGCAAGACUGCCCCAACUUAAACGACAUAUAAAACAGCUCCUAAUUGACAUGGGCAAAGUACAACAAAUAGCGACUGUUUGCUCUGUAUGACAACAGUGAUCACUUAAUGAAAAGAAUGUGGCUGUCUUCAGUGGAAUCACUUUUAUCUACAUGAUUGCUGAGUAGAUGGUUAAAAAGCUUAGUAAUGUUUGGUUAGUUGGUGCAAUGUCAGUAGGAUGCCACCUUGGAAAGGAAAAUGAAGAGCAACUUUAUCAAGGAAGCUAAUACUAAAAAAUAUGUGAGCAAGCUGCAAAUGAUAAUGUUUUAUAUGCCAAGGAUGGAUGAAGUAGAACAUAAUCUAUACUAAGGGAAUCAAAUUGCCAGGAUGUUUGAAUAGUUGCUUCUCUGAAGUUCAAAACCUGUAGAAAGAAAUACGAUGUGUUUAUGUAGUUUUUAGUAGAAAGAUCCACAUUUAUGAACCAACAUUUGGCCGAAAACAAAAUGGUAAAGGAAAGUUAAAUUCUGGAAAGCUCUACAAGGUUGCUGUAAGAACUGCCUUCUCAGCAGUUGGAUCCAGCUGUGCGGAAGUUUAGGUUAUUUAAACUUUUAUAGGAUCAUGAGCUUUUUCUUGGGUGAUAAAUGUCCUUAAUUGGAAAACCGGCAUUAGAAAUCUCACUCUUAGGGAAGCAAUUGUGGAAUUCUUCAUUAUGAAUGUGUUUAGAAAACAAUCACCAAAUAAUUGGAAUUUAUUGCAGGCAUUAAGCUCAUUAAAAACAAAUUGGCUUGCAGAAGGGUCCGAUGUGCCAAAUGUUGAUGAUAACUGCUGGAAAGAAGAUGUUAAAUAUUGUGGGAUUUCUCCCACCCCCACAUCUUGCAUAAUGCAUCAGUCCAAACGAAACCUGUAUCUCGCAUGUACUAUUUAUAUCAGAUACAUGGUUGAAUGACAAUAUUCAGGCUUCGGUUUGCCACUUGGUCCUGGAUAUGCUUGGUGUUGCCUUCAGGAAAAAUUACAAAUAACCUCAGCUGGGAUGAGGAGUGACAAAAGUAUCAAAAUAAUUUGUGGCUGUGGAUUUUUUUAACUGCUAGUAGUGAAAUACUGGAAAAACUUCAUUUCUGAAGAUGAAUUUUAUUUUUAAAAAAUAUGUGUGCACUCAAAACUUUUAGCUUUGACCGCAAAUGGACAGAUAUCUGAAACCAAAGGCAACUAAGUUGCUGUCUUAGCUAUUGCUGGAUUUUGAGCCUAGGUCCUACUGCGUGCCAGUCCUCAUGUGAGUUGUAUGUGCUCCCAGUGCUCCAUUGCAGGUAUGCAUACAUGUGUGCUUGUUUAAACUCUCAACAUACAUAUGUACAUAAUUGACAUAUUUAUAUCACACAUAUCUAGUUUUAUUACUAUAGACUAUAUGAAUUGGUGGUUAACAUGAAAUGUUACCUUUUAACAGACUGUUUUUAAAAAUUAAAAUGUAUGUACAGGUUUUGAAAUUUUUUUAAAAAGGGGAGAAAAGACUGUUUAGAGGAGGCUUUUUGAUGACAUAUAACACUUGAAUAUUUUAUGCCUCAUUCUGUUUAUCAGUUCUAGCAGUCUGUAUAAAUGCAUUUUAGAACUGAUAGACAAUGAACUUGAAUUUAUCUUUGAUAAGAAUACAUGCCACUGUACAUUCAGAUAUUAUUUAAAUUUGCAAACACACUGUUCUAUAUGUAAGGUACUAUAUGUAAAACUCUUUAUUAAAACUAUUCCACAUAUCCUGAAAUUUCAGCUUGCCUUUUUGCGGCCUUAUAUUUUCAUGUAAAGAUUAAAAGAAUGUGCAACACUGUCAGAAUUUUUAUUGCCUUUUGAGACUCUCCAAGUUGACAAAUGUGCCAAAGAUCAAUAGACAUAAAAUGUAGUUCUCUGUAUUUGCUUGUGAUACAUUAACUUUGUUAAAGACCUUAUAGAUAAAAGCUUUAGCAGAGGUCAUAUUGUGGGGUAGUUGCUUAAAUUUGCAUAUUAAAGUAAAAAAUAGUGCCUAUUUUCUAUGUGUGGAGUAAAUUUGAUAAUGUCUGUAUUCUAAGAUUGAUGGUAUACCUUUCAUUUUAUUUAAAAAUAAUGACUCUAACAUGAUUCCUGUCAUAGUUAAAGUCUGGACAUUGAAUUUGCAUCUUCUCUCUUUUAGAAAUGGAGCAAAUCAUGGCAUCUGUAAUGUAUGAAUAGUGGUGUUGCCUAGAUUCUUACCACACACACAGAAGACCUUUCAUUCCCAGUAGUACUAGUCUUCUCCAUUGCUGGUGGACACAGCUAAAUUAAUGGACACUUAUAGUACAAGUUGGGCAUCCUUAACCCAAAAGCCUGAAAUACUUCAAAAUGAGAAGCUUUUUGAGUACUGAGAGAUGCUGCAAGUAGAAAAUUCCACACCUAAACCCCAGUGGCAGAUCACAAUCAAACUGCAGGUUCACUAAAAAUACUCUAUAUACUGAGCUUCGGGCUGUGUGCAUAAGGUGUGCAUGAAACAUAAAUGAGUUUCAAGUUCAGAUUUGGGCCUUAUCCCUAAUAUGGUUCAUUAUCUAAAUGCAAAUAUUCCAGACUCCCCCCACCAAAAUUCAAGCUCCAAAAGAUUUCUGGUCCUAAGCAUUUCCAAUAGUAUACUAAAUUCAUAUCUUAAAAUUAGAUUACUUUGUUAGCAGGCUGCAAAUUGGAGUUUCAUCCAUAAUUACGUGAAGUUUUACUCUGCUUACAUGUAUAUGAAUUGGAAAUCUAAUCUUCAGAUAUCAAAUUAUUUAUAUGCACAUGCCCAUCCAGCAAUUGGCUAAAGCCUUUUAGGAAAUAGUGGGCUGAGCCUUUCAUUUUUUGAGAGAAUAAAUUAGUUUUGGAAAAGCAA